AUGAAAAGGAAUAAACUUGCAUUGAUGAAAGAUAAACUUUUCCCAAACAAAGAACUUCUUUUGCAGGUUUGUGUGUGUAUGUGUUAUGAAUUAGAGUCCAUUAAGAGAUUCCUUUCGAUAUUUAUUACAGGUUUUCAUCGGGAAAAUUUCCUCUUCAUCACAAAAAAUGUUCAUGGAUAUCAAACUAAUUUCAAGCUAAAAUGUGUUGAAUUUUCAUUACAAAAACUGACCGAAUUUUAUCACAUAAAACAUUGCUGCCCUGAACUAAAAUGGAUUCAUUAG